AUGCCUCGAGGAAGUACUCAAUCGAAUGAUGUGCUUAUUCAUGAUGAAUGGAUUUAUCUUCAAAAUACAGGAAAUUCUGAAGUGUUUGAUAAUUUUGUGAUAAGUCUUUUAAAUAAAGUUGCAAUAUUUACUUCAAAUAAUGUCAACUUCAACUCCUGUAAUGCUAAUAAUGUUGAAAAUGAAUUGAAACAAUAUGAUCAAAUCCAAGAGAAAACAAGAGAAGCAUUACAGAAAAGUCCUGGAGAAAGAGAAACAAUACUCUCACAAAGAAAAGGAUUGCUUUCGAAUCUUUGUCGGUGUUUUACCCGUUCAAGAGCUUCUCAUCAAGAAACAUUCAGUCAAGACAGAAAAAACCAUUGUGAAGUACUAAUCGAAUUAAUUAUUCGCUGCAAAGUGUUUAUUAGAGAUUUACAUUCUGAAGGGGCGGAAGGCUCUUUGAUUGAUAUAUUCUCUUUUAUGAAUAAGCAUCCACGUCUGCGACAUCUUAAACAAAUUUUAAAUUUGUCUACAGUUCAAAGUCAAGGGUUAGAUACAGCUAUAAAUGAGAGAAUUUACCAGGAGCAUUUGGAGAAUAAAAUGAGAAAAGAAUAUAAAAAUGCAAUUGUGCAAGGGGCUGGUCCUGUUGGUUUAUACGCUACCUACAAACUUUUUAUUGGAGGAGUGAAUGUAACACUUGUAAAUGAUCGUUCCGAAGAUUAUAUAAGAAAUCGGGUUGUCUUUUUUGACCGAAAAUGGAUGUCACAAUUACGUUUCUUUUUGGGCACUGAGUUUGAUAAAUUAUUCUUUGACAAACAAAAUGGAGAAAAAUCGUUGGGAAGAAUACUUGAUGAAGAUAUUGGGUUUGCUAACAUAAAAAAUAUGGAAAAUGCUUUGAUGAAGCGGUUAAAAAAUUUAUCAAGUUAUAUAAAUGGACGAGAAAACCAACAAGAAAUAUUUUUGAAUUUGGUUUAUAAUACAGCAGUUUUGAACAUUCAAACACAACAUAAAAAGUCUUUGGCCAUCCUCGGUGCUCCAAUAAAGCGUCCUGAACUCUUUGACUCUGAUAAUUUGAAAAAAAUAUUAACAAAUUUAGAAAGAACGUCAGAUGGGGCCAUAGGAAUUCCUUUUGAUUUAUUUUUCUGUGCUGGUGGUGCAAGAGACCAGAUACGGACGCGCUUCAUAGAGCAACCAGAACAAUUGACAGAAUCAAAAAAUUACGGUGUUGUUAUCUUCGAUAAAGAGAAUCCUAAUAUUAAAGUCUUCGAAGAUUCUGCUGCUUUCUACCGUGAUCCUAUGAAUAAUAUGAGGGAACAUCUGGAGAAACAAAAUAUUGAUGGAUUGAUUUGGCAAUCUGGUCUUUCUAAGAAGCUUAAAUCAACGUAUGCCAACUUAACCGAGAUGAUUUUACAAGAUAAGCAAAUCGUUGUUCGUCUUUUUGAGUCAAAUCCAACAUUGCAUAUUGCAUCUAUAACACCAGAAGCACUUGUACAUUUUAUUGAAGAUUUACAAAAUGAAAAAGGAAACAGAAAGAAAUACAUGAAAAAUUAUGACGAAUUUCACAAUGAAUUGCAAAAAAGAUGGGCCAAAGCUCUUUUUGAUUAUACAUUUUCUACUAGACAUCCUGAGAAAGCAGGGCAAGUAGUUAUCGAAGGUGAUGAACAUGUUGGAAGUUCAAGUACAAGUUAUAGAGGCAAAGAAAUAGCUACUGAACCGGAACAAACUCUUCAGUUCGACCCACACAGUGCUAAUACAAGCACUUUUUGGGUUGCAAUUUAUGGAAUUGAAACCCCUGUGGCAAAAAUUAAUGGAAGUUCAUCAAUUAUUGCAGCUAUAGGUGAUGCAAAUACAAGUGCUCAUUUUAUGACUGCUAGCGGGAUUAGUACAGGCAAGUUUCAAAGAAAAAUAAGAAUAACUCUUAAGCAAUAA